GUCAGAGUAGAAAAUGGUAUGGCCAAAAAGAGGUAUUUAAUUUUCUGCAAGGGUUUAUCAUUCAAAAGCAGGUUCAACCAAUGAAAUCUUGAAUCAUAAGAAGCCAACCUUUUUCAACAAUGUCGAUCGCCAGAUUAACAAGAACUCAAGCUUUGGAAUCAUCCAAGAGACUCUAUCCUUUUGUGGAUAAUCAUGUUUCUCGCAUUUGUUCAAAUAAUUCUUGGCAUGCUUUGUUUGGAUCGCUUAAUUCAACCACUAGAGAUAUUUCAACUUAUUCUUCUCCAAUUCUUUUUCAACAUACUACUGCAAGUAGCGGAAUCUCCAAUUCUUUUCUGAAGUUCUCCCCUCAGUUUUCUAUAGUUCGUAAAUAUACCUCAAGUCGUCUAUUUGAUCCGUACGAGAGGUAUAUGAGGAGGACAGCUAUCAAUUGGGGAGUUAUUUUUGUGCCGCAACAAGAAGCAUAUGUCAUUGAGCGUUUUGGGAAGUUCAGUAGAGUUCUAGGUGGAGGCGUUCAUUUACUGGUACCAUUGGUUGACCGAAUAGCCUACAUACACUCACUCAAAGAGCAGACUAUUGAAAUUCCAGAGCAGACUGCUGUUACAACUGACAAUGUCGCCAUAAGGGUGAAUGCUGUUCUCUUUGUUAAGAUCAUUGAUCCAGAAAAGGCAUCUUAUGGGAAUGAUAAUGUCAUGUUUGCGGUAACUCAGUUUGCACAACUUGCAAUGCGUAGUGCUAUUGGGAAAAUGCAACUUGACAAAACCUUUAUGGAGAGAGAUAAUUUGAAUGCAAAUAUUACACAAGCUAUCAAUGAUGUCGCUUCAGGAUGGGGUCUUGUCUGUGGUCGUUAUGAAAUACGGGAUAUUAUUCCUCCUCGUGGAGUAAGUGAAAGUAUGGAAAUGCAAGCUGAAGCAGAGAGGAAGAAAAGAGCUGCAAUCAUUGAGGCAGAAGGAACAAAAGAAGCUAGUAUUAUAUCUUCUAAUGCUGAUAAGAGGGCUUCAAUCUAUCGAGCUGAAGGUGAUGCAGAAGCCAUUCGUAUUAUUGCUGAGACUCUAAAAGGAAAUGGGGGUCAAGAGGCCGCAAGCCUCAAAUUGGCUCAGGACUACGUACAAGCUUUUAACAAUAUGGCCAAGGAGUCUACAACCAUUGUGCUUCCCGCAUCUCUUGAUGAUGGUUCAAAAUUGGUGGCAACAGCCUUAGGGCUCUACAAGAAUGUCAUUGUGAAAAACAAUAAAAUGGGCAUGCCCAGUGAACUGUCCAACCAAGCAUCUUCAACCGGACAAGUUGAACAUGGAGUCGCUUAUGAUUCAGAAGAUAAACCGGUUUUUUCACUUCAAAGGACCAAGGAAACAUUAUAAUGAGGGAAGUUAUAUAAAUUCUUUCUGACAUGAGGGAUAUUCACCGACUUUGUUAAAAAGAAAGACAAACAAUUUUGAUUCGUUAAGUGUCUAGUUUAGGUUGCAUGCAUUUUUUUACGAACAUUGUCUUGUUGACAUAACCUUGUUGAUGUUAACGAGGGAAAUCGUAGCUCUUAUAAGCUCUAGCCAACACCAACAAGAUUGCUGAAUUAACCUCGAACUACCAUUAUUGAUUAUUGUGUUAUUUUCAGCAAAUCAUGGUUUUAUUUUUCUUCUUUCUUCAAGCAAUACCCUCGAAUCAUAAACUUGCACUCAAUAAAUUUCCUGUUCUUUUGAGACCUUGAAUAAGGUUUGCAACAAUAGGUUUUGAUAUUGCUCUUGAAUCAAAAUGUUUGCUGUUCUUUUAGAUUGCUACUGAGUAUUGUUGUCAUCAUCCUAAUGAGUUCCAUUCAAGUCUGAGGAGGAUAAAAUAGAACGCAACCAAUACCCUCAUCAAAAGAAAGUCGUGAUUGAAGGGACCCCUCAACUAAAUGCUGUCGUUGUUUGUGAUUUCAUAAUUUCCAAAUAUGAUCAAUCAACCCGAUUUGAUUGCUUCUCUAAAAGUUGCAAUUGUUAAGAUUGCUACUACAAUGUUGUCUUAUGUUACAUUCAAAGUUUAACAAAUAAAGCAACAUCCAUCAAAAUUAAUCCAAUGUCAAAAAUAAAGCAAUAUCUAAAAUCAUAAACAGCAACUAAGUAAAGAAUUUCAUUUCCCAGAAUGAAUUUGUCAAAUCUCAAUUUCAUUACAGUUUCCUUUAAAAAAAUGAAUCCAUCAGUUCAUCAAAUCCCUACAUCUAAAUAAAAGAAUCACACAAAAAUUGAAAAAAACUACACAGCAAAAACAUAGAUCAGGAAUCAAGAUCAACACAUUUCUCUUUGUUACAACAAUAGCUAAAUAACCCUAAAAUUUAUGAUAUUGCUCCCAAUUCCUAGUGAUUCCCUCAAAAUAUCAAAGCAAACCACAAAGAACAGAAAAUCCAAUAACAAUAAGAAAAAUUAUAUGAACCAAAAGAAGAGCUUGACCCGACAAUGGGCCCGAUCCACCACUUCCCACCUCACAAUACCCUAAUUUCGCGACCCGAGUACCCGCACAAUGAGCAUCCGCACAGCCGCACCAAUAGGUAACCCCAUUUUCGCCGCAAACUGGGUCAGGUCGAAAACAUUUAAGCGGACAAGAUUUUGCAGAAGAAUCUUCUGGCGAACAUAAUUUAGCGUUCCCGGCGAAAUCGGUGGGUAAUUGAAUGACGGAAGGUUGGAUAUCGGAUUUCGCGAUUUGGACGAAUGAUACCAUAACAAGAGAGAAAAGUAUGAAAUAUAAUUUGGGAGUUUGGGGAAACAUUUUGUGAAUUGUAGGGUUUGAGAGGAAUUCAAAUGGGGAUUCCUCAAACCCUAGAAUUUGUAAUACGGGGAAAAUUUAGAAAUUGGAAAUUUGGGGGAAAAGAAUAAAUGCGAAAUUGGGAAAGAAAGAAAAGGAUAGGACCUCUGGGGAUGAAGAAAGACGAA